AAGAAAAAGCUAAAGACAACCAUGGCUGUCGGAAAAAACAAACGUCUAACUAAGGGCAAGAAGGGUGGCAAGAAGAAAGUCGUCGACCCGUUCUCGCGCAAGGACUGGUACGAUGUCAAGGCCCCUGCCAUCUUCUCGGAGCGCAACUGCGGCAAGACUCUGGUGAACCGUACCGCCGGAACCAAGAUUGCUUCGGAGGGUCUCCGUGGCCGUGUGUUCGAGGUUUGCCUUGCUGACCUGAACAAGGACGAGGACCAAGCCUUCCGUAAGAUCCGCCUUUGUGCCGAGGAGAUCCAGGGCAGCCAGAUCAUCACUGGAUUUCACGGCAUGGACUUCACCCGCGACAAGCUGUGCUCGCUGAUCCGCAAGUGGCAGACUCUGAUUGAGGCAUUCGUCGACGUUAAGACGACGGACGGAUACCUGGUGCGUCUGUUCUGCAUUGCCUUCACUAAGAAGCGCCCGAACCAGAUCAAGAAGACCACCUACGCCAAGACGGCUCAGAUCCGCGCCAUCCGAAAGAAGAUGACGUCGAUUAUGACGGAGGAGGCCUCCAAGUGCGACAUCAAGGACCUAUUCCUGAAGUUUGUGCCUGAGAUCAUUGGCAAGGAGAUCGAGAAGGCCACGCAGGGCAUCUACCCGCUCCAAAACGUGUACAUCCGUAAGUGCAAGAUCUUGAAGAAGCCCAAGUUCGACCUGGUGCGUUUGAUGGAGCUCCACGAGGGCGGUGCUGAGGAGAAGGGUGCUAAGGUCGCUCGGGAGGAGGACCAGCUGGUUGAGUCGAUGGCUGGCUCUGGUGGCCGUCUGUAAGCGCGCUCACUAGUUUGGUUUCUUGGUGACACGGCGGGACAUGGUUUUUGUUGUCGGUGAAGGAAGGAAAGGCGUCCGGGCUUCAUGCCUAAGCGAGUACUUGUUUCUAAGACGAUGGAGAAUAAAGGCGAAAUUCUAAUUCAACCAGGGCUUCAUUCUU